AUGGACGAUUCACAGCAACUCAAUUUCGAGUUGUUAACCAGGCUUCUUGUAACUCAAUUGAAAGACGUGUGCAGACUGGUGGAUUUAAAAGUUGGUGGAACAAAAGCAGUCUUAGCCGGACGGAUAGAAGAAUACAUUGAAAAUCUCAGAGAAAAAGGUGAUAGUGAAAAGAUAAACUUUCUUAGGACACAGAUUGAUAGAUUUUUAAAUAUUAAUCGAAUGAGUUCAUCAUCAACGCCUCUACCGAAUCAAGGUUCAAUAAACCGAGUUCGGAUUAAUUACAAUAAUGGUUAUAAUCGGGAGUCAAAUAAAGAAACUAAAUCUGGUGGCUCUUAUCCUUCAAAUUGUCGUCCCUCAUAUUCCCCGUAUUCCACUCCCAAUUAUCGUAAACUUCCUCCUCCAUCACCAUCAUUAGGUACACCAUUAAAUUAUAACCAUAAUCAUCAUCCAAAUCCGUAUCCUUUUUACCCCAACAAUGACAAGACGUCAUCGUCUUCAUUAUCUACAAAUAACGGCGGGCGCGCACAGCCACAACCAAUUUUAAAGCUUCCACCGAAUUUGCCGUUAAACUAUUUUCAAAAUAUAAUAUUUAAAAGAUCUCCUUUUUAUGAAGUGGUCGAACGUGUGACAACCGGGAAAGUUUGUAAUGCUUCAAAUGAGAAAUAUCGGAUUUUUGUUGAUUUUUUCUUAACGCAUUCGCAUCUAAACAAGAUAAACCCAAAAUAUAAUGAAAAUUCUGGCAAAUAUCAAAUUCGGUUUUUCAGUUGUGCAGCGCCUGAAACAACUCAUUACAUGUCGAGAAAUGCACAUGUUGCAUUAGUAGAAUUUCCAGCAAUGUGUGAACUAUAUGUCAAUGGAGACCAGCUACAGACGAGUCUUCGAGGCCUGAAAAACAAACCAGGGACUGUUCAACCACCUGAUAUCACAGCAUUUUGUAAUAUGAAUGUUAAAAACUCCAAUAAAAUUGAAUUUGUAUACGCGAAUGCUGUAAAGCCCUAUCUGGUCAUGGUACAAAUAGUUAGAAGCAUAUCAGUUGAAUCUAUAGUAGAAGAAAUAAAGAGGAAUAGAUUGAUAAGUAAAGAAGAGGUGCUUCAGCAGCUACGAAAAGAUGCAGAAGAUCCGGAUCUCGUUGCCACUUCAAGUGUAAUUUCACUUAAAGAUCCACUCUGUCACUUACGGAUAAAUACCCCAUGUAGAUCUGUAAAUUGUCAUCAUAUUCAAUGUUUCGACAUUGUUUAUUAUUUCCAAAUGAAUGAACAAACACCGACAUGGACAUGUCCCGUUUGCAAUAAUAUAUUGAAUUCAUGGGAGGAAAUUGCAUUGGAUGGAUAUUUCGCUGAUAUUUUGGAUAAAGUGCCGCCAGAUCAAGAGACAAUUAUAAUCGAAGCAAAUGGUAGAUGGGAAUUGACCUCACCACCUGAACCGAUCAUAAAGGUUCCCCAAGUCAUAAAAAAUGUUGAAAAUAACCAAGAAAUUUAUAUUAUUGACGAUAGCGAUGAAGAAACGCAAGCAGAGACAAUUAAUAUUACAUCAUCUUCUAAUAAAGAAAAUAAUAAACCUAUUAUUAUUGAUCUUACUCUUGACUCUGAGUCUGAAGAUGAUGAAAACAACGAAAUAGAAGAUAGUGAAAGAAGUGUCAAUAGUUACAUCCCGCCUUCACCAACAAAUCAGCAACCACCUCCAUUAUAUCAAAUCAAUCCCGAUAGUCAACCUUCACCGAUUUAUUUCGAUUAUGAUAACAGUAAAAAUUCUAAUGAUUCUGGAGUGGGAACAACACCGCAAACAUCGUCGUUGGCCUCACCAAUAAUGGGGCAAUAUUAUUAUGACUCCAUAAGCUUAUUGAAUAUUAAUUCAAUAAAUCCAAAUAGUAUUGCUCUCUUUUCUAAUGAGAAUAAUGAUGCUUAUCGUCAGAAUCAUUGUCAUGAUCAUGGGCAGUCGGAUGAAAAUUCAUGGGAACAACGAACAAUUGAAGAAUUUUAUCCUUAA